AUGAAGAUUAACCAAAGCCUGCCUUUCCACUCUCGCAGGCCAUUACAAAGAAAUCAAGAUGGAAUACUUGGGAUCAGCAGAAUUCUCAAACUACGGAACCAACUGCUUUCGCACCGGGGGAACAAGAUCCGGAGCAACGACCCUAACAGUUUGGAAGAUAUCUCGAGAAAAGGUUUGAGCACCGGUGUCUCAUAUAUGUACUCCAGUUUAUUCGAAGUAUCCCAAUGGUGUCAGACUGUCGACUUAUUGGGAAAAAGGCUACGAAGAACUUUGAUCUCUUGUUUCGGAGAAAUCAGUGGCUCACGAGUAAUUGAAAGGAACAUUCUCUAUUUGAUCUCGAAGUCGAAAGAUCUCCGAUAUGCUCACAUUCCAGUUGUUGAAGGCACGUUGUUAGUUUUGCUGAUCUUCCUAAACUUCAGAUAGUCCAAACUGCAAUGAUGCAUUUCCUUCAUCACAGUUCUCCCUUCACUGCAUCCUUUCUC